UUUUAUACAGAGAAAAAUUUGAAUAUAUUUUUAAUACUUGAAAUUACUUUGGGUACCCAGGUACCAUCCGUUCAUUAAUAGAAGAGUCAAAUUAAUUAGUCCUAAUUAUCGAUUCUAAUAUUUCGAAAUAUACAUCAGUGAGAAAAUAUACUAUUUUUGAUAAUUCCGACACAUUUUUAACAUUUAAAAUUGCUUUGGGUACCCGGGUACUACCCAUUUAUAGACAGAAAGGUCAAAUUAAAUCUAACCAAUUCUAAUAUUCCGAAUUAUACAUUAGUAAUAGAAUAUACUGUUUUCGAUGAUUCUGACAUUUUUAAGACUUGAAAUUGUUUGGGGUAUCCGGGUACCACCCAUUUAUAGACAGAAGUGUCAAAUUAAUCAAAUCUAAUCAAUUUUAAUCAUCAAUUUUAAUAUUCCGAAUUAUACAUCAGUAAUAGAAUAUACUGUUUUCGAUGAUUCCGACAUUUUUAAUACUUGAAAUUGUUUGGGUACCACCCGUUCAUAGACAGAAGUGUCAAAUUAAUCAAAUCUAAUCAAUUUUAAUCAUCAAUUUUAAUAUUCCGAAUUAUACAUCAGUAAUAAUAUACUGUUUUCGAUGAUUCCGACAUUUUUAAUACUUGAAAUUGUUUGGGGUACCCGGGUACCAUCCGUUUAUAGACAGAAAGGUCAAAUCAAUCAAAUUUAAUCAAUUUUAAUCAUCAAUUUUAAUAUUCCGAAUUAUACAUCAGUAAUAGAAUAUACUGUUUUUGAUGAUUCCGACAUUUUUAAUACUUGAAAUUGUUUGGGGUACCCGGGUACCACCCGUUCAUAGACAGAAGUGUCAAAUUAAUCAAAUUUAAUCAAUUUUAAUAUUCCGAAGUAUACAUCAGUAAUAAUAUACUGUUUUCGAUGAUUCCGACAUUUUUAAUACUUGAAAUUGUUUGGGGUACCCGGGUACCAUCCGUUUAUAGACAGAAAGGUCAAAUCAAUCAAAUCUAAUCAAUUUUAAUCAUCAAUUUUAAUAUUCCGAAUUAUACAUCAGUAAUAAUAUACUGUUUUCGAUGAUUCCGACAUUUUUAAUACUUGAAAUUGUUUGGGGUACCCGGGUACCACCCGUUUAUAGACAGAAGUGUCAAAUUAAUCAAAUCUAAUCAAUUCUAAUAUUCUAUAAUAUAUAUCGCUGAUUAAAUAUACCGCUUUCGAUAUAAACAUGCGUUACGAGAGCGCGUUGCGAGCUCGAAGACGUUCCUCGAGAUUCGUGCUUGGUGAACCGUUCUUCAAGGAGUAGGGAGCCGCGAUAAGCCGGUGCCGACGUCGCGGCGCCUCUUCAGACGUGUUUCGCGUGUUUCGCGCGACGCAGGUGCGUUCGUUAACAGGUAUCGAGAAGAGGUCAAUCGACAAGUGUCAAAUCGCGAGAGUGUAAAAAAAAAUUCGAUUCCGAGGAGGAAGCGCUGACGCCGUUGAUGAGUUCCUCUUGGAAAACCCUUGAAUGAAUUUAAUUGCGGAGUUAUCAGUGCACGAUCGGUCACGGUGAUAAAAGUCGCGGUUAUUUAAUCGGUGAUUUAAUUCGUGCAAGCUCGAACGAAACGAGAUUAUAUAUACCUGCGUUGUAAGUGAAUUCCGCGCGAGUCGAUUGUACAAGGUUAUCUGAUAUUAUCGGUUUACGACGACGUGGGUUUGCCUUCGGACUUUGAACGAGCGCGUUCUUAUCGAGCGGAUCUUGAAAUUCGCGACAUCUGAAAUCCCAGAAUUGGAAUUUCAUUUGAAAUUAAUGUCGGAUUCAAUAGUGUAGAUUUUCCAGAUUUCGUCGAACGUAUUUGUAGGAAAUAAUUGGACGCGGGAACGAAAAUAAGUCGCGACUCCCGGUGUGAAACUUUCGUUCUCCUUGAGAGAGAAAAAAUAAAAUGCGAUACCGUCUUUCUCGCGAACACGUUGAUCCACAUUGCGUCCUGGAAACUCGGCGCUCAUUUAAAUAGAAUAGUCAUGAGAGUGCAAGUAGCACCUUUCUCAGGGAAGGAUUUCGUCGGUACAACAAACACGCUUUGUUUAGGCACUUAAGACACUUUGGAGGAAUGGGAAUUCGGGAAAGGCUCUUUAAUAAGGAAGCGAACAACAGCAUGGCUCUUCUUAAAUAUUAAAUAUCGUCAACAAAUUUUUUUCGAGCCUUGUUUACUUGAAAAAAAAAAAAGAAAAAUAUUUCAAUGAGCUAAAUCAUAUCUGGACCGUUCUAUUAAUAUCACACGCGAGGUUACUCGAGAAUACGAAAAUAUACGCGUUGACGCAGCAGCGGAGAAACGUGACACGGAACGAUACCAAUCGUUUCGACCUUGAUAGCCGACGUUGCACCUCCGCACAUCCGUUCGUCGUGUAACAACCGUUACGACGACUAAUGUCCGAACAAACCGACGGGACGUGAAAAAAGUCGGACGUGGCGUCUGCAUAAACGAUCGCCCUCCCGAGUCAUCGGCCGAUGAAUAAAUAAAUCGUGACGUUUCUUCGCGCACGCGCGAAUAAGACUUUUCCGAAGAAGCCGCCGAUUGCUCAAUCGGCGUCUUCCAUCCUUCCCGCUCGCGUGUUAUCGCGCAAUUAAUUUCUCGAGGCUCGUCAUCGGACUUUAAGUAAUAUCCGACUCGUCGAUUUGAUCUCUGAGGAAACUCAACGUUGAUAAAAGAAUAAAAAAAAAAAAAAAAAACAAACUUGCUCGUAAUCUUUGCAAACCUGAUACCGAGGCGCUGAUUAAGAGACACACCCGGGAGAGAGAGAGAGAGACUAUUUACUCGUAGUAUUCAGUGUCGAUGUUUUCGUGAUGAACGAGACCGGCAGCAGGACGAAGAUGCUGCCGCGCGUCGCCGACCUGGAGCGAAGUGUUCAGUGGACCAACCUGGCGAGCGACAUCGGCGACCUGGAGAGACGUCGGGUGGUCGAAAGACACUCCUAUCAACGUGGUUCCAUGCCUGAAGUGCAACGGGCUUGCACGGUACGCUGCGAAGACGAUACGCUCGCACGGAAGGACCCGGACAGCUGUCACCGAGAGCCGCAGAACUCCCGGUGGAGCUGGAAGCCGAGGACGGACUUUGAGCGCGAGUACUUCUACAAGGAUUACCGGGACUAUUAUUAUAAUUCGCGUCCCGAACCCGUUGGUCGAGGUCUUCGGGAGGAAGAAGAAGAACGUACCUACGGAAGUCCUGUGGUACCGCGUUCCUCUUCCUCGUCGGCGCGUCGUCCCGUGGGACUCGAGAGGGAGCACUUCAGCGACAGCAGGGAUCGGUUGCACGAGAUUUUCGCGCACAAUCGCUACCUUCGACGACAGUUCUUCGCUUCGGGCAACACACGACGGGAUUGCAAUGGAUCAAAUCCCAAGAAUCUCGGUAGGAGCAACCAGGAGGUGUCCAAGCGAUGUACCGGGUUCGGCAGCACCGAGACGCUCACCAGCCAGAGCAAUCAGUCAUCAAUGAGCAGUAUAAACGACCGGAAAUCCCGGACCCAGACGACGCGCACCCCGGAAGAGGAAGAGGAGGAGUACGACGCGUUGGUCGAGUUGGCCAGAAGGAGUAACGUUGUCCAAUAUAGAAAAUUCAACGUCAAUACCUCCCGAGUCGAUCGCGAGAGCAAUAUCCAGAGAAAUGGCAAGGUGCUCGUUAACAUCCUACCCGGAAGCGAGAUAAAACGCGUCGACAUGAGAAAUAUACCGGCUGGGAAGGCGAAUAAUGAUCAAUAUGUGGAUUCCCAUAGUAUCAAAGUGGGCCAAAAUACCACUGCGCUCGAUAAUCGGUGCCACGUUUCGAAAAACGAUCAGACUAAUCUCGUCACGUGGCGUCGAAGGAGAAACCUGCCCGAGUACAUCUACGGAGACCCAAAGAUCACCGAUUUUCGAUUGGAUAGAAGCGGAUAUCGUCGAUCGAUGUGGGACGAACCGGAGCAAAAUGACUGGAACCGAUUAACGCUCGAUAGGGACGAAAGGCGACGUCAGGAGCUCUGCAAAUCCCUGCCGAAUCUGAGGAUCCAGAAGCAGAACCUCGAUACUCCAAUCUACGUCGCACGAGCGGUCAACGUUCCCGAGUUGAGCGAUUCCCAUAUCGCGAGAUCGGGUCACGGGUCGGGCAAAUGUCGGGAGCAACGAUCGGGGCGAUGCGACGAGGGUCGGGCACACUUGAUCGAUCCCGGACAAUCAAUAUUCAACGAGGCGACGGUCUCCGAGCGUCGUUUGACCCUGCGGAGCAAGACGAGGGUCCCUCCACCUCCUCCGUUGGAUCUCAGCACGGUGAACGAGCAGUGCGAACGUCUGGAGGAGGUCGAGAAGAGAUAUCUGAACGACUACAGCGUCGAUGUAGCUAUUCUGCGCGGCCAGGAGGAUCUCGUCGAAGAUCUGCUGAGCGAAUCAGCUGAGAAGGAUCGUCGGGAUCGGCUCGGAGACGAGAGGAGAAUCUAUAAUGGGGAUCCUCCUCCGAAUAGCCAGUCUCGUGGAAGAAGGGACAACGAGAGACGAAGAUCGUCUUUCCUGCGCAGAUCCUGCGGCGAUGUUGGAUCCUCAAUGGUCGACGAUCGCUUCGCGAGUGAUCGACGAACGAUGGUGGAUCCUGUCGGGAUAGGCAGACCUCCGAUUGACCCUGAUGCCGGCCCUUUGUUCGAUCAGAUGCACGCCGCCGGAAGCACGCUUCCGUCUACAGUCUACGGACCGAUUCCGUACAGUCAGUAA